GAAUUAGUCUAAAUUUAUAAUUAUCCAUGAAAAGUAAAAAUUAGCUAAAGUAAGUAUUCGCAUAUCUAUAUAAUAGUUGUUUAUAAAUCAGAAGGAUUUAAUGUAUAAAUCAUUUUUCAAAAAAGGAAAAGAGUUCUAUGAGAAUUAAUUUUGCAAAUUUUUCAAUAGUGAGUGUUGUGAUGAUUUAUACCAAUAAUUUUUACAGAAACAAAAUUUCGCACAUUGACCCAAAAAAUGCAAAAAUUAAGGUCCCUAAGAUAUAAAUUUUAUUUGUUCUUGUUUAUUACAGUGUAUAUAAAUUAUCUUAUAAAAUGUUGUGCAGUGGCUGCAUGCUUACCCUAAAGGAACCAUACAUACACUGUGUUGAUUGCACACCACCUAUCGAUUUCUGUUUACAAUGUUUUGCCAAAGGACGUGAAUUUAAUAAUCACCUCAAUAGUCACAGCUAUGAAAUCAAGAGCAUCUCAUUUGUUUUAUUUGAUUCAAAGUGGAGUGCAAGAGAAGAGCUCAAAUUAUUAGAUGCGACAGAGGAAUAUGGCUUUGGUAAUUGGUCUGAGAUUUCAAAGAAAGUAGAAACGAAGAGCAGUGAAGAAUGCGAAAGACAUUAUAUUAAACACUAUGUUGAAGAACCUGUAGCAUCACUCCCUCAAUUUGAAGUCAACAGAGAACAUUGUUGGAGAAAACCCAAAACAUUUGAAGCAAGCGAUCAGCCACCACGCCCUGACAUCACAAAACCAGACGACACAUUAUUCCCAGUUGGUUAUUCAGCUCCCAGGGGAGAUUUUAUUGUGGAAUACGACAAUUUUUCAGAGUUAGAUGUUAAAGAUGCAGAAAUUGAUGAUAGCGACGAGUUAGUUACAGAGUUAAAUAUUGCUGCAGCGGAUAUCUACCUGACAAGGUUGAAAGAUCGGCAGCUCAGGAGAAGGAUUGUAAGAGAUUACGGUUUGUUGGACAUUGCUUCCACCAGUGCUUUGGCUUAUCAGUAUGGACGUCAAGAGAGAAUUUUGAGAGAUGAUUUCAGGAGAUUUGCUAGACUAACAAAUCCUGACUACCAUGAAAAAUUGACGCAGAGUAUUUUAUAUCAAAAACACUUGGAACAGAAAAUAACACAACUACAAGAAUAUCGAUCAGUGGGAUUAAAGUUCUUUAGAGAUGUAGCUUUAUAUGAAAGACUGAAAAACAGGAGGAAAUUAUUCAAGCCUAAAAACGUGAUGUUCGACGAAGCAUUGCUCCAUGCCGAGAAUCCUGUUGCAUGCCGUGUUUGGUUACAACGUCAGAUGAACGGAAGAAAAUCUUAUGGAAUGCCAAACUUGCCGUUCCUCCAACGAAAGCCGUUAACUCCGUUAGAUUUGACCGGAGCACCUGGCGCUGAACUGUUGAACGAAGAAGAAAAGAAGCUUUGUUCCAGUCUCCGGAUCCUUCCGAAUUCGUUUUUGUCGUAUCGAAAUAUUUUGGAAAGAGAAUCAGCGCAAUGCAAUGGUGUAAAGUUACGGACGGCAAGAAAUCUGUUAAAGAUCGAUGUAAACAAAACAAAACGUUUACACGAAUUUCUUUUAUCACACGGUUACAUCAAGGACCAAGUGAAAUAAAUGCAAAGUUACUAAAGCUGGUGAAUAAAAAUGCGUCCCAUGUCACAAGUUGAUGUUGUUUAAAACGAAAGAAGACAUGUUUGAUGUUGUUCAAACUUCGAGACAUUUUUUGGAACUUGAGUGGAAAUAAUGCGCAUGUCAUAGUCACACUGAAGUUGUUAAACUUUUGUUCCAUCUUUCACUGCGUUACGUAUCAAAGCCAUGGUAACUAAAUUGCGGUAUACGUAUAAAUAACGUCUAGAAUUUCUGAUCCCUUGUUUUAAGCGAUUUUUCUGAUUCUUAACGUUACGUAAGAAGGCGCACAAUAAAUUGCGUUUUAAGUAAUUUUAUUUGUCGAGAAAAAAGUUUAAUUCAACGCCACUAAAUGGGGAGGGAUACCCUAUCAAUUGUAUUCUUUUGAGGAUCUCAAAUUGGUGUAGAUGUGGUUCUCUGGUCAACUUAUCAUUUUAAUUUUUUUACCAGCAAUAAUUUGUCCAGUAUAUGUGUCCUGUAAGUUAUUGAUACGAACUGCAAACGUCUUCUAUGGACCAUAUUAUAAGCGUAUACUAUCGAUCGUAUUGCAAUUGUAGUUUAUCAAUAAAACACGUAUUACUAUCGUAUUCUAUCGAUAAAAACACGUAUUGAAAUUGUAUUU